GCUUUGGUUGAGCCCGCCCGGCGGGCGUCGCGGCAGGGCCUGGGACCGACGCUUGCAGCUGGCGGGAACCGGGCCUGAGCAAAGGACUGGGUGGUAGCGCAGGUGUCCGGGCUCACCCGGACUAGAAGGGCCUGGGUUGGAAGGAGCAGGUACCCGGGCCGUGGACGGCGCGAGAGGUGGAACGGCAGGUACCAGCUCCGUGGAAGGACCCUCUGGUAUGUGCAUUUCCAUCUUGCUGAGGCGUGGACGGUGCCUGGGACCCAGCCAGCCGCCAGUUGAGGACGUUCUUCCUGGAAGCUCUUGGACCCGAGGGCUCUCGCCCGGGGUGCUCAUCCUGCCAUGGCGUUCCGGAGGACGGAGGGCAUGUCCAUGAUCCAGGCCCUGGCCAUGACUGUGGCCGAGAUCCCUGUGUUCCUGUACACGACGUUCGGGCAGUCUGCGUUCUCCCAGCUGCGGCUGACCCCAGGCCUGCGGAAGGUCCUUUUUGCCACAGCCCUGGGCACUGUGGCCCUGGCCCUGGCCGCCCACCAGCUAAAGAGGCGACGGCGGAGGAAGAAGCAGGUCGGGCCUGAGAUGGGAGGCGCACAUCUGGGCACAGUGCCCCUGCCCAUCCUCAUGGCCAGGAAGGUGCCGUCGGUGAAGAAGGGCUACGCCAGCCGGAGGAUGCAGAGCCCCAGUAGCAAGAGCAACGACACCCUGAGUGGCAUCUCGUCCAUCGAGCCCAGCAAGCACUCAGGCUCCUCCCACAGCUUGGCUUCGCUUGGUGCCCAGACGGUAGCAGUGAACUCAUCCAGCCCCACGGCUGCGUGCGCGGGACCAUGGGACACCAGAGGGAUGGAGGAGUCCAUGACCACCAGUGACGGCAACGCGGAGAGUCUCUACAUGCAAGGCAUGGAGCUGUUUGAGGAGGCGCUACAGAAGUGGGAGCAGGCGCUGAGCGUGGGGCAGAGAGGGGACAGCAGCGGCACCCCCACACCGGGGGACAGCCUGCGGAACCCCGAGACGGCUUCGGAGGUGCUGUCUGAGCCAGAGUCCCAGCGAAGGGAGUUUGCUGAGAAGCUGGAGUCCCUGCUGCACCGGGCCUACCACCUGCAGGAGGAGUUCGGGUCCACCUUCCCCGCUGACAGCGUGCUGCUGGACCUUGAAAGGACCCUCAUGCUGCCCCUGACAGAGGGCUCCCUGCAUCUGCGGGCGGACGACGAGGACAGCCUGACCUCUGAGGAUUCCUUCUUCUCUGCCACGGAGCUCUUUGAGUCCCUGCAGGUCGGCGAUUACCCGAUCCUGCUCUCCAGGCCCGCCGCCGCUUAUGAGGAGGCCCUGCAGCUGGUGAAGGAGGGGAAGGUGCCCUGCCGGACCCUCAGGACAGAGCUGCUGGGCUGCUACAGUGACCAGGACUUCCUGGCCAAGCUGCACUGUGUGCGGCAAGCCUUCGAGAGUCUUCUGGAAGACAAGAGCAACCAGCUGUUCUUCGGGGAGGUUGGCCGGCAGAUGGUGACGGGCCUGAUGACCAAGGCUGAGAAGAGCCCCAAGGGCUUCCUAGAGAGUUACGAAGAGAUGAUGGCCUACGCCCUGCGGCCCGAGACCUGGGCCACCACGCGGCUGGAGCUGGAGGGCCGUGGGGUGGUGUACAUGAGCUUCUUCGACAUAGUGCUGGACUUCAUACUCAUGGACGCCUUCGAGGACUUGGAGAACCCCCCGUCCUCGGUGCUCGCCGUCCUGAGGAACCGCUGGCUGUCAGACAGCUUCAAGGAGACGGCCCUGGCCACUGCUUGCUGGUCAGUCUUGAAAGCCAAGAGAAGACUGUUGAUGGUGCCUGAUGGCUUCAUCUCCCAUUUCUACUCCGUAUCGGAGCACGUUAGCCCCGUCCUAGCCUUUGGCUUCCUCGGACCCAAACCCCAGCUCGCUGAAGUGUGUGCUUUCUUCAAGCACCAGAUUGUGCAGUACCUGAGGGACAUGUUCAACCUGGACAACGUGCGCUACACUUUGGUGCCGGCGCUGGCGGAUGACAUCCUGCAGCUGUCCCGGCGCCGCAGCGAGAUCCUGCUGGGCUACCUGGGGGUGCCGACGGCCAGCAGCAUUGGCCUGAACGGAGCGCUGCCCCGAGAGAACGGGCCCCCGGACUUGCUGCAGUAGUGGUGGGUGCAGGCUGGGGGAGGGUGCUGCCUGGGCCUCGUCCUCGUGCUGAUGGCAGCGAGAAGGCCAUCUCCUCCCCUCCUUGGGUUGGCGCCCAAGGGCCUGGGUGUGCGUGGCUGGCAGCGUCGGCAGAGCCUGGGCCUUGGUGGCCUAGGGGAGUUGUCCCUGACCAUCGUCACCAUCUGGGAAUCCUCGCAAACUUCCUUGGAGAGGGUUGGAGCCCUGGGGGCCCGCCUGAGUGCCCUCAGCCAUCCCUGGGCGAAGCAUCAGCUGGACCAGUGGCCCGUGGGGCCUGAGGGAGAGGAAGGGAGUCAGAGAGAGACCCUGUUGUGAGGAGAGUUGGGACAGGCAGAGCCGGAGGUUCUGGGUGUGGGACCCCAAGACCUCUCCCUACCCCUGAGCUGCCGACGAGGCAGGGCUGGGAAGGUAGAGGUGGAAGAUGGGGGGACGGGGAGGGGGGGCAGGCGGGGCUCUGGUGAAGGCCACGGCUGGCCUGAGCUAGAAGAGACCAGGCUUAGACGGUCUCUGGCUGCCCAGUGCUGCCGGCCACCACCCUGGAGAGUGUGCAGCUCCGGAGAGGGACGGUGGGGGCCACAGAGUGCCUGGGGUGGGGGGGUACCUCAGGUCUGGGUGGACACUGGGUCCUUGGCAAACCCAAACAGGAAACAGGGAUGCUGUCCUCUGAUAGUCCUACGUCUUGCCAAAGAAUGUCCCCUCUCUUCCCCUUUGUCACCACCAAAGACAGAGCAGGUGGGGCUGGUCCUUCUGCCCCAGCCCCUGCCUCUGUGAGCCCGGACCCCCCUGGUGGUGCUAGGGCUGCGCUGGAGGCUCUGACCAGGGCUCACCGCAGGCCUGUCACCUGGGACAGGUGGCGGGCCCAGGGACCAUGUCAGGCGGGUCGGGAUGUACGGGCCGGACCGGCUCCCCUGCCCUCAGUAGGACAAGGAAGUUUGCCGGGCGCUUUGCCGUCGGCUCGACGCACAGAUGCUCCAGCUGUGCAUCGGCUGGUCCUCGGCUGUCCCCACGUUGUCCCCACGCUGUCCCCACAUCCGCAGGGUGCUGUGAGCCCUGCAGACUCACUUCACUCAGUGUUUUCACUAGAGGUGGGAUGUUUUAUUUAUUGCCUUAACACUUUCUUUUGUGAUUCUGCCCCUCCCAGAGAAACUGAGUCCUCCCUCGCUGUUCUCCAUACUUGGGAGGACUGCCUCCUCAGAUUGGGGCCCCACUCCCCCGAAUGGCAAAGGAGUCCUGGGAGAGAGAGAGAAGGGAAAUGGAGGGGGGGGUGUGGGCCCGGCCCAUCAUCUCCCUGUACACGCUCGUUCCCCGGACUGGAGGACCCUGUAUCGAGGCAGGGCUCUGGCCCCCAGCCUCCCCAUCUCUGCGGUUGGUGUCCAGGAAGGAGCAGCCUCCUGCGUGGGAAGGCCCGGGGUGGCCCUCCUCCCGUCCAGCCCCACAUUCCGUUCAUUCGCACUUCCCCGGAGCUUUGAAUGUCAUCUUGGGCCUGGGCCCCCGGCCACUCUGGUUUGCUCCUGGAUCGCUCAGAGUGGCGUUUUCAUUUGUCUUUGUUUACACAUCCGUGCACUGCCUCUGGCACUUGAUUUGUUGCAGCUUCCAACUUUUGUCUGGUAGAGCGUGUGUACAUCGGCCUCAAGUCAAAUAAAUGAUUUAUUAAACAACGUCCUUCCACGCU